CUCUCCCGUAAACCGGCGGAACACCCCUCGGCGAAUCACGGAAACUUCUUCCUACUCCUCCUCCUUCCUCCUCCCUCCUCCUCCUUCCUCCUGAGAAAGCUUCCCCCCUUCUCAUCUUCUCUCGCUGCGCGCCACCGCGACGCAACCGCAAGGAUAAAGCCGGAAUCGCGAAGACCCGCGCGCGUCGAUCGAGCGGUCCCUAGCAACGACGGUGCGGCAACUGGAUGACGAGACGGGGGUAGAGAGAGGGAGAUGGAGAGGUCCCCUCGCUUCGGCAAUCGGAGCCGUCGUUGAUGGUCGCGUCUUGGAUGAACGCCAGAAUUCGGAAUGGAGUAUCCCCUUGGUGGUCAUACUCCGGCUGUGCUGCAGCUGCAGAAAUGGAGCCCAUCUCAGGUCGAGCUCAACCUUUCGGAAUUUCGUGAGGCUUUUAUCUCCCCUACGCGGCAGCUGCUGCUAUUGCUCUCGUAUCAGUGUGAAGCCGCACUUCUUCCUCUGCUUAGAGGGAACUCGAACGUCGUAAAUAAUCCAGAGUGUUGUGGUGAUGGGACUUCUCAGGAUCAUGGUUCGUCACCUUUGACAGACCAUAAUUGGUCAAACUUAGGGAAUAAUUUGCCAUCCACAUCUGGACUGGCAACAGAAUGUGAUGCUGAGUUUUUUUAUCGUAGUAGCUCUCCCCGAGAUUGUGGUUAUCCAUUUAUUUCAGAUGUAACUUCACUGGCUUGGGGUGCAUGUGGUGACACUUAUAGUCAUCACCAGGAUACUCCAUUCAAAGAAUUUCUUUUUGUUUCUGGGAGACGGGGGGUGACGGUUCAUGCUUUUCGUCGACAUGAUAAUUCCAGUGAAAGAACUAAAUUUAUGCCAGAGUCUAAAUUUGGGGAAGGAAGGUGGACGGAGUGGGGCCCUCGCACUUCGACUGCUUGCACUACAGAGCCUUCUAGAUCAUCACUUGAGGUCUCUGGAGAUUGCACCAAGGGAAUUGAGAAAAUGAUGGGUCAUUAUCACAAAGGCUCUAAUAAGGAUGAGUCAUCAAGCAACAUGCAUUCGAAGAGGUGGUUGCGGUCCUUCUUUACCAGAGCUGAAACUGUAGAAUUUGAUGGUAAUAUUUGGAUCCAGUUUCCUUCAGGGCUGUCAUAUCCUUACUCUGCUGAGGUUGUUUCUUUUACGAUUUUUGACAAUAAUUUCUCACCUCCCAAUGCCGUUUCCAAUGGUCAAUAUGUUGGAAACACCAAAGAAAUUCAACCUGAAACAGUUCCUGAUCCACUUGAUGAUGCAUCUGUAAGUUCCAGCCCUAAUUUUCAGUCCAAUAGAUUAUCCAAUUUUUUAGGUGUUGGCCUUGACUGUCACUAUAGUUGUUCCAAAGUUUUCUCCAGCAAUUCACAUUACUUGAUUGGGUUUGUCUUAACAUCAGAAGAUUAUAGUUCAAUUAGCAGUAAUGAUGCCAGUAAAAGAUUGGGGAGCAGAACUUUCAUUGUUGUUCUCAGAUUAGCUAGCUUUGGAAUUGAGUGGGUUUCCUCGGUAAAGCUUGGGGAACAUUUAACCAUGGACCUGCCAGGCGUGUGGACAGACUUUUGCUUUUCUGAUAGUCUAGUUGUUUGCCUAGCUGCUUCUGGCUUAAUCUCUUUUUAUGUGGCGAUAUCUGGUGAGUAUGUGCAUAGUUUAGAUAUCAUGCAAGCUUGUGGAGUAAGUUCUCGGUUGAACUCCUCUCAGCAAGAAAUCCACAUGGGUAGUAGACCACAAGUCAAACCAGUUGAGACUUUUGAAGCGAUGAACCAUGGAAGCAAUCAUCUUAAUGUCAAUAGGAAGUUUACAAAGCUAGUUGCUGCUUCAUUCACAUCACUAUUAGCUGCAGUUGAUGAAAAUGGUGUGAUAUAUGUAGUAUCUGCUGCCAAUCUUUUACCAGCCGAAUACUAUCUGAGUGCACUGCUUCCGCCACAUAUUCAUCAGUUGGGGACACUAGUUGGCAGGGAGGUUGGUAGCUUUGACAUAGGGCAUUCGUUGGUUUAUCCUAGUGUUUCAAGAAUGCAAGAUAGAAACAAUGGAAUUAAGGAGAUUCAGAAAUACCAGAAUUGGUAUUCGAGUGGGAUGAGAGGCCAGCAUGACUCAUCUUCGACUUGUUCUGCCACUUCAAUGAUAACAUAUGAGAGUUCUCAUAGCUUAAGCUUAACAUCAAAGUGCAGGCGCAGAGUCUUUCUCCCCAUGGAUGGUUUUAAAGAGGAUGACUGCAUAUGCUUGUCUCCUCUGGGAAUCACUAGGCUAGCUAAAAAGCACAUGUCGAAGCAAGAUGGUUGUCAAAUUAUGCAUUGUAAUCUUCAAGUGGAUUCUGUUGUUUGUAACGACCAGUGUAUGAAUACAAAGACCAAGCCCUUCAAUCUCCGAGCGAAUGAAGGGGGUAUCUUAGGAGAAGCAGUUGGAUGCACUUUCCAGGGAUGUCUGUAUUUGGUGACACAGCACGGUCUUUCAGUAGUUCUUCCCUCUACUUCAGUUUCAUCAAAUAUGCUUCCUGAAUCUAUUGGAUAUAAGUACAGAAGUUUGGGAAUUGAAGAAAGAUAUCGGCUUUGGUCACCCUGGAAACUUGAUGUUUUGGAUAGAGUCAUUCUGUAUGAAGGCCCAAAAGUGGCGGAUCGCUUAUGCUUAGAGAAUGGAUGGGACUUAAAAGUUUCUCGAAUACGUCAAUUACAACUAGCAUUGGACUAUUUGAAAUUUGAUGAAAUAGAGAGAUCCUUGGAUAUGCUUGUGGGUGUCGAUCUCUCGGAAGCAGGCAUUUUGAGAAUAAUCUUCCAGGCUGCUUUUUUGAUGUAUGGAAAAGUUGGCAGUGAUACUGAUGUAGCUGUGGCAUCAAAGCUUCUUGCAUUGGCUUCUUCCUUCGCUACCAAACUGAUUCGAACAUAUGGUUUGCCACAGCAGAAGAAACAUGCUUACAUAGAGGGCUGUGACAGUGAAGUACUUCCGCCCUCCCCUGUAGUGGAGGAAGUGCAAAGCGAAAUAAAAAAAUCAAAAAGGCUUAAUGAGAUGGCGUAUUUACUGGAGAUCAUUCGGAAUUUGCAAGGACAACUUGCUGCAAAACUUCAAAGGCCAAGCCAAGGAUUGGUGGAUGUGGGAGAAGCAUUGAGUUUGGUGGAUGCAGAGCUAUCUACUGAUGAAUCUGGAAUUUUGGUUGUCCCAGCAAAUUCGAUGUCCCUUAGAGCAUCUAACCACCAUGAUGUUACUCUACCGGUCGCGGUCCUGGGUUGUGGAAAUAAUGAAAGUCUGGCUUUGACAGUGGACUCUUUGGAUUCUGGAGUUCUCACAAAUUUAGAUUACACACGUGAUACAUCUUCCAUUGUACCCCAAGUGACUGAGGGAAAGAUUCCUAGAAGGAAUCUUCUUCCCUUGGAAAAUCCCAAUGAGAUGGUGAGACGCUGGAAAAUGGACAAUCUUGAUCUUAAGACUGUGGUCAGAGAUGCUCUUUUUUCGGGUCGUCUCCCCUUGGCUGUUCUUCAGUUGCACCUCCAUCAAUCAAUUGAGCUGAUCGGUGAGAACGAGCAUCAUGAUACUUUCAAUGAAGUUCGUGAAGUUGGAAGGGCUAUUGCAUAUGACUUGUUUCUCAAGGGUGAAACAAGACUUGCUGUAGCAAUGCUUCAAAGGCUUGGAGAAGACAUAAAAACCUGCCUGAAGGAAUUGCUCUUUGGCAGCGCGAGGAGAUCUCUCCGAGUACAGAUUGCGGAGGAGAUGGAAAGAUGUGGUUAUUUGCGAGGCAAUGAGUUGAAGAUAUUGGAAACAAUGGCAUUAAUUGAGAGGCUAUAUCCAAGCAGUUGUUUCUGGAAAACAUUUCUUGGCCGGAGGGACCAAAUGGAGAGUGCAAUAGAGCAAACUGAUAUGCAAUUGUUGCUCUCCCCUAUGUUCACCAAUAUUACCAUUGAGUGCGGUGAGAUUGAUGGAGCUGUCAUAGGUUCAUGGGUGAAUGUCAGUGGUAAUUCUUCAGAUCCUAUGGUUAAUGAAGAGAGUGUUUAUGGUGGAUAUUGGGCUGCUGCAGCUGUUUGGUCUACAAUCUGGGAUCAGAAAACCAUUGAUCGGAUUGUACUUGAUCAGCCUUUUGUGAUGGGGGUUCAUUGUCUUUGGGACUCACAACUUGAGUACCACAUCUCCCAUAAUGAAUGGGAGGAGGUUGCCAGACUGCUGGACUUGAUGCCUUCAUCUGCAGUAUGUGACGGAAGACUCCAAAUCACUUCUCAUGAUUUGCAGCCUAGUAUUGCUGAUGGAUAUAGCAAGCAAGUUUCUUACCAUGUUGAUGAUUUAUUCUCUCCCGAUGAAAUGAAUGACCUCUGCAUCAAUGUACCAGGUGUUAAGAUUUUCAGGUUUUCAGCAGAUAUGAUGUGUUCUAUGUGGGUAAAAAUGCUCCUUGAGCCAGAGCUUGCAAGAAGGUUUAUUUUCUUAAGAGAGUACUGGGAAGACACAUGCAACAUAGUGCCUCUCCUGGCUCGUUCAAGCUUCAUUACAAGAAAGCAUCAUAUUCCAUUAGAGAGUGGAUCCUAUGAGAUCCAGUCAAAUGUCAAUGCCUCCAAUGCCAGAGAAACUUGUCUUACUGAUUCUAUUCAAAAUUUGCAUAAGGUCAUUGUACGUUAUUGUGCUCAGUACAGUUUGCCGGAUUUUCUGGACCUUUAUCUUGAUCAUCACAUGCUUGGUUUGGAUAAUGAAUCCCUCAAUCCAUUGCUGGAAGCUGUAGGUGAUUGUCAAUGGGCAAGGUGGUUGCUCUUUGCUAGAGUGAAAGGGUGUGAAUAUGAAGCAUCAUUUUCUAAUUCUCGUGCAAUAGUAACUCCCAGUUUAUCUCCUGGUAGUAAUCUGAAUGUUUUGGAGACGCAUUCUGUCAUACGUACAGUGGAUGAGAUUGCAGAAGGAGGGGGAGAAUUGGCUGCUAUUGCAACUCUUAUGUACGCCUCUAUCCCCAUUCAAAACUGCUUGAGCACAGGCAGUGUUAAAAGGCAGAGUAUUUCCUCACAGUGCACAUUGGAGAGCCUUCGACCUAGCUUGCAACAUUUUCCAACUUUGUGGCGCACCCUUGUGGGGGCAUGUUUAGGGCAAGACGUGAAUUGCAAUCUUCCUGGAAGUAAAGUAAGAAAUGUGUUUGGAUGUUCAGCUUUAUCAGACUAUUUAAGUUGGCGCGAGCAUAUAUUUUUCUCCACUGGCCGUGAUACUUCACUCAUGCAAAUGUUACCUUGCUGGUUUCCCAAGGUCGUGAGGAGACUAGUACAGCUAUACGUCCAGGGUCCUCUUGGAUGGCAGUCACUAACAAUGCCAUCUACUUCAGAGUAUCUACUGCACAGAGAUGAUCUUUUCAUAAAUGGUAAUGAACUUGCUCAGGUUAGUGCUAUCAGUUGGGAAGCAACCACUGAAAAGCACAUUAAAGAGGAACUCUAUGAUUCUUCACUUAAGGAAACUGGACUGGGCCUUGAGCAACACUUACAUCGUGGGCGUGCAUUGGCUGCAUUUAACCACCUUCUUGGUGUUAGAGUCCAGAAGUUGAAGUUAGAAAGACAAUCGGGUGCUUCAGUACAUGGGCAAGUCAAUGUUCAGUCAGAUAUUCAGACCCUGCUUGGCCCCAUUACUCAAAAUGAAGAGUUGCUUCUUUCAUCUGUGGUGCCACUUGCUAUCAUGCAUUUUGCGGAUCCUAUGUUGGUUGCUUGCUGUGCAUUUUGCUUGGAGCUUUGUGGUUUAUCUGCUAGUAUGCUCCGAGUUGAUGUUGCUGCCUUGAGAAGAAUAUCUUCUUUUUACAAGUCUAGCGAGAAUUAUGAGAACUAUAGACAGCUGUCUCCCAAAGGUUCGGCUUUUCAUGUGACACCACAAGGAGAAGAUGUAACAGAAUCACUUGCUCGAGCACUGACAGAUGAUUAUCGGCACCAUGAUUGUGCAAGCAUUGCUAAACAAAAGGACAUUGCAGAUUUGGUAAAUGGUAAGAGACCAUCACGACCUAUCAUGCUUGUCUUAAAGCAUCUGGAAAAGGCUAGUCUUCCGCUGAUGUUAGAUGGGAGGACUUGUGGGUCUUGGCUCAGAAGUGGUGAAGGUGACGGAGCUGACUUAAGAUCAGAACAAAAAGCUGCCAGCCAAUGCUGGAAUCUAGUCACAGCGUUCUGCCAGAUGCAUCAACUUCCAUUGAGCACAAGAUACCUUGCACUGUUGGCAAGAGAUAAUGAUUGGGUCGGGUUCCUCUCUGAAGCUCAGGUUGGAGCAUACCCCUUCGAUGUAGUAGUUCAAGUUGCAUCGAAGGAGUUUAGUGACCCUCGACUCAAGCUUCAUAUAUUAACUGUGAUGAAAAACAUGCAGUCAAGAAGAAAAGCUGGCUUGUCUUCACAUUCUGAAACUGAAGAAAAGGGGAGCGGAAUUUCUUGUUUGGAUGAAAACAUGGAUAUUAAUGUUGAACUGUUCAGGAUCCUUGCAGAUUGUGAAAAGCAGAAGAAACCUGGAGAGGCUCUUUUGGUCAAAGCAAAAGAGUUGUCAUGGUCUAUAUUGGUGACGAUAGCCUCUUGUUUCCCAGAUGUGACUCCAUUUUACUGCCUAAGAGUUUGGCUGGAAAUUACUGCAGCAAGGGAAACUUCAUUGGUCAAGGUCAACAAUAUGACUUCGCACAUUGCAAAUAAUGUUGCAGCAGCUGUGAAAGCUUCUAAUUCCCAGCCAACAGAAGAUAGAGCUCUUACAUUUCAUUAUAACAGAAGCAAUCCCAAGCGUAGGCGGGUAAUGGAACCUGCACCUGUUGAUCUAUCAGCCCCAGUUGGUGAAUCAUCAAAUGUUUUCUCCAAGGAAAUGACGUUUAUUGAUCAGGGAAAUAGUCUUAUGGGGGAAAGGAAAGGUGAAGUAGUCACAGACAAAGUUUCUAGCAUAUGUGAUGAAGGACCUACUUCUUUGUCAAAGAUGGUUGCCAUGCUUUGUGAGCAAGGACUGUUCUUGCCCUUGCUAAGGGCAUUCGAAAUGUUCCUUCCUUCAUGCUCUUUAUUACCUUUUAUCCGUGCUCUGCAGGCAUUCUCCCAGAUGCGCUUAUCUGAAGCUUCAGCUCAUUUGGGUUCCUUUUCCAUGCGAGUCAAGGAAGAACCGACAACCUUGCAGACCACUAUGAAAAAAGAAGAGAAUAUAGCAAGCUCAUGGAUAAGUUCUACCGCCGUAACAGCUGCGAAUGCCAUUCUUUCUACUUGUCCAUCUCCAUAUGAAAAGAGAUGCUUACUACAACUUCUUGCAUCAACCGACUUUGGUGAUGGAGGAUCUGCGGCAGCAUACUAUCGAAGGCUUUACUGGAAAAUCAACUUAGCUGAGCCCUUACUGCGGAAAGAUGAUGUCCUGCAGCUUGGUAAUGAGACUCUAGAUGAUGAUUCUCUUUUAGCAGCACUAGAAAAGAACGGUUACUGGGAGCAAGCACGAAAUUGGGCCAGACAGUUGGAUGCCAGUGGGGAACCUUGGAAAUCUUCUCUUCACCAUGUUACUGAAACUCAGGCUGAAUCUAUGGUGGUGGAGUGGAAAGAGUUCCUUUGGGAUGUUCCUGAAGAAAGAGUAGCUUUGUGGGGUCACUGCCAAACAUUGUUCAUCAGACAUUCUUUUCCACCUUUGCAGGCUGGGUUGUUCUUCCUUAAACAUGCGGAAACUUUGGAGAAAGAUCUUCCAGCUAAGGAGCUUCAUGAGCUGUUGCUGCUUUCUCUGCAGUGGUUGAGUGGGAUGAUGACCCUUUCCCAUCCGGUUUAUCCAUUGCAUUUUAUAAGAGAAAUUGAAACUAGAGUGUGGCUGCUGGCAGUAGAAUCAGAAGCUCAAGUAAAGAGUGAAGGUGAGUCGAGUCCAUUUAGUCCAAGCCACGAUCCUGGGAUGGAUUGUGGUCCCAGCAUGGUUGACCGGACCGCAAGCAUCAUAGCGAAAAUGGAUAAUCAUAUGAAUAAUAUGAGAAGUAGAACUGUUGAGAAGCAUGACACAAAGGAAGGCGGGGUUUCAAAUCUUAAACACCAAGGACUGGACUCUGGCCUCUCGAACUUGGCAGGUGGCACUGCAAAGACCAAAAGGAGGGCAAAAAGUUCUGCACCAUUCAAACGGGCUGUAGUGGAUGCCAUGGACAACAUGGUUGAUUCUGAAGAUGGUAUUGGUAGUCUGAAUGCUAGGAAUGACCUGCAAUUACAGGAUGAUAACUCAAAAAUGGAGCUUCCAUCUUCAAGGUGGGAGGAAAGAGUAGGACAAGAAGAGCUGGAGAGGGCUGUUCUGCUGUUAUUAGAGUUUGGGCAAAUUAGUGCUGCGAAGCAACUCCAACAUAAGCUGUCGCCAGGGCACGUACCUUCAGAAUUUUUACUAGUUGAUACAGCUCUAAAGCUUGCAACUGUCUCGACACCUUGUAGUGAAAUUCCAGUGUCCAUGAUCGAUGAAGAAGUGAUUUCGGUGAUUCAAUCACGCAGUAUAAUGGCUGACCAGCAGUAUCUCGACCCACUUCAGGUCUUAGAGGGUUUAACAACCAUAUUUACUGAAGGUAGAGGACGGGGACUUUGUAGAAGGAUAGUAGCAGUUGUGAAAUCUGCUAAUGUGCUAGGUCUUUCAUUUUCGGAAGCUUUUGAGAAGCAGCCAAUUGAGGUCCUACAGCUGCUUUCUCUAAAAGCCCAAGAAUCAUUUGAGGAAGCGAAGCUCCUGGUGCAAACUCAUUUCAUGCCAGCUGCUAGUAUUGCCCAAAUUCUUGCUGAAUCAUUUUUAAAGGGUUUAUUGGCUGCCCAUCGGGGUGGAUAUAUGGAGUCUCAAAAGGAGGAAGGUCCAUCUCCUUUAUUAUGGAGAUUUUCCGACUUUCUUACAUGGGCUGAGCUAUGUCCUUCUGAACCUGAAAUUGGACAUGCGCUGAUGCGCCUGGUUAUAACUGGACAGGAAAUACCACAUGCGUGUGAGGUGGAGCUUCUUAUUUUGUCUCAUCACUUCUACAAAUCAUCAGCAUGCCUGGAUGGAGUUGAUGUUCUUGUAGCCCUUGCUGCUACCAGGGUUGAUUCUUAUGUGUCUGAGGGUGAUUUUUCGUGUUUGGCUCGCCUCAUGACUGGAGUUGGAAACUUCCAUGCCCUUAAUUUUAUCCUUGGCAUUCUCAUUGAGAAUGGUCAGCUGGAUCUUCUUCUUCAGAAGUUCUCAGCUGCUAUAGAUGCAAGUUCUGGUACUGCUACUGCUACUGCUAAGGUUAUCAGAGGAUUCAGAAUGGCUGUCUUGACAUCAUUGAAGCAGUUCAAUCCAAACGAUGUCGAUGCCUUUGCCAUGGUCUAUAACCAUUUCGACAUGAGGCAUGAAACAGCUGCACUUUUGGAGGCACGAGCAGAGCAGUCUUCUCAACUUUGGUUCCAACGUCAUGACAAAGAUCAGAAUGAAGAUUUGCUAGAUUCCAUGCGCUACUUCAUUGAAGCUGCAGAAGUUCUCUCCACUGUUGAUGCUGGCAACAAGACAUUUAGGGCAUGUGCUCGGGCUUGUCUUGUUUCCCUCCAAAUUAGAAUGCCCGAUUUUCAGUGGCUUAACUGCAAUCCAACGAAUGCAAGGUAUGCACUGGCUGAGCAGUCUCGAUUCCAAGAAGCUUUAAUAGUUGCAGAAGCUUACGGUCUCAACCAACCGAGCGAGUGGGCACCAGUGCUCUGGAACAAGAUGCUAAAGCCAGAAUUGACAGAAGAAUUCGUGGCCGAAGUCGUGGCUGUGCUUCCACUUCAUCCAUCAAUGCUUAUUGAGAUAGCCAGAUACUUCCGGGCUGAAAUGGCCGCUAGAGUUGAUCAGAAUCAAUUCUCGAUCUGGAUUACUGGUGGUGGUUUACCGGCAGAAUGGGCCAAGUACUUGGCGAGGUCGUUUAGAUGCUUGUUGAAGAGGACAAGGGACUUACAGCUACGUGUGCAGAUGGCUACCAUUGCAACAGGGUUUGGAGAUGUUAUCGACGCAUGCAUGAAGGAUAUGGAUAGAGUACCUGAAAACGCAGGUCCGCUUGUACUGCGAAGAGGGCACGGUGGUGCCUAUCUUCCCCUAAUGUGAACAAUGUCUACAAUCAAGUAGGGUUUGCCCUAAGAAUAGGCCGGGCACGGGAAGCGGAGAAAACAGCAGGCUCGGCGAACACUCUCGGGUAGACAUGGCUCGGAGCUAUGGAGGUGGCUCAAAAGCAUUCUUUGAUAUUCUUUUUCGAAUACACUGGUGAGAGGAAACGUGUUAGGUCAGGUUAGGUCGAUUGAUCCUUGUAAAGUGAUUUUGGCUUGGCUAUUCACUUUUGCCUGUAAUUUUUUUGUUUUUUUCCAAUUGCUGCCAUUGAUUUUUUUGUCACCCCUCUUUGGCGCUUGGGCAUGUGGUGUUACCCCUUGUAUGAAUUUUGUAAAGGGUGCAUACCAUUUCUUGGUUGCAUUAACAGUGGAUAGUGUAAAGGUAUUGUGACCCCCAAAAAAGGUUUAAAGAGACUUUACUUCGUUUUUCUUUUA